GAACAAGAUAAAAAUGAGAAAAAAGGAUCAAAAAGAAAAAGUGACCGAAUGGAAUCUACUGACACCAAGCGACAAAAGCCUUCUGCCCAUUCAAGACAGUUGAUUUCUAAGCCACUAAGUUCAUCUGUUAGCAACAAUAAAAGAAUAGUUAGCACAAAAGGAAAGUCGGUCACAGAUUAUAAAAAUGAGGAAUAUCAAAGAUCUGAAAGAAACAAGCGUCUAGAUGCUGAUCGGAAAAUUCGUCUAUCGAGCAGUUCCUCUAGAGAACCUUAUAAGAGUCAACCUGAAAAAACUUGUCCUCGGAAAAGGGAUCCUGAACGAAGGACCAAAUCUCCUACACCAGAUGGUUCUGAGAGAAUUGGGCUUGAAGUUGAUAGACGUGCAAGCAGAUCCAGCCAGUCUUCAAAGGAAGAAGUGAACUCUGAAGAAUAUGGCUCUGACCAUGAGACUGGUAGCAGUGGUUCUUCUGAUGAGCAAGGCAACAACACUGAGAAUGAGGAGGAAGGAGUGGAAGAAGAUGGGGAGGAAGAUGAAGAGGUAGAAGAUGAUGCAGAAGAAGAUGAGGAAGUAGAUGAAGAUGCAGAGGAGGAGGAAGAGGAAGAGGAGGAGGAGGAAGAGGAGGAGGAGGAAGAGGAAGAGGAAUAUGAACAGGAUGAAAGAGACCAGAAGGAGGAGGGAAAUGAUUAUGACACACGAAGUGAGGCCAGUGAUUCUGGUUCUGAGUCUGUUUCCUUCACAGAUGGAUCUGUCAGAUCUGGUUCAGGAACGGAUGGAUCAGGUUCCUGGCCACAGAACCACGCAGGGAAGAGUACGGAGAUGGUGAAAGCUAGAAUGUCUGUAAGCCGGUCACAAGGGAGUGCGUCCCCUGGAGAGAUUGGGCUGCAGGGUGUGUGGUCCAUAUUACCUGUAAAUGAGAAGAAAUUAAAUCUUGCUAUCAGAUCUGCAAGGAGUGUUAUCUUAAUAUUUUCUGUCAGAGAAAGUGGAAAAUUUCAAGGGUUUGCCAGACUGUCUUCAGAGUCACAUCAUGGUGGAUCACCUAUACACUGGGUACUUCCAGCAGGAAUGAGUGCUAAAAUGCUUGGAGGUGUCUUUAAAAUUGACUGGAUUUGCAGGCGUGAAUUACCCUUCACUAAGUCAGCUCAUCUGACCAAUCCUUGGAAUGAACAUAAGCCAGUAAAGAUUGGACGUGAUGGACAGGCUUGUUUAAUUUUUAGGCACAUAUUUAAAUCAACUGUUUUAGAGACCUUUAUUAAAGGAUGUUUUAAAAUAGUUUCUGAAAGAUAUGGCAACUAUUUUGGGGAAUUCCUGUUUUCUGUAAUUAUGCCUGACUAG